AAUGAACUGUCAAACGUUGGACUAAGAAAUGGCGUUCCCCAGUAAAGGCAGCGAGUUUUCACGGUGAUGGUGAUGAUGAUGGUGAUGAUGAUGGAGGUUUUGAAGUCAAGUGACCUGACGAUGAUCCAGCAAAAUCAUCAAAGGAGAAAUAAAGCCAAUAUCACCUGUCGAGACCGACUGUUUUUUAAUUCAAGUACUGGGGAUCAGCUACAGUGAAAACUCGAGGUCUCCGUGUGUCGCCUUCCAAUGACGGUGAGACGUUUGGUACGGACAUCGCCGAAGUUUGUCGCUCCUCGGAAUCAACGCUACAAUGAGGAACUGUCUUCGCGCUGGAUCCAAGUUUGUAUCAAAAACUGAAUCUGACAGAUGACCACUGGAGCGGUGAGACAUUGACUGAUCAAUCAACGCGGAAAUAACGGCACCUGCUCGAUAUUUAUGAACUGAGUUUAGACCGCUAUUGGGUCAAAUGAAAUUCUGAAUUAUUUAUAAGGUAGUAGCAUAUGUAAGAAAAAAAUUAUUAAAAAAAAAAAAAAAAAAAAAAAAAAAACAAUGGUGUUUUGUAAUUAAAUGUUAAGUUUGAAUGUGGGUUUAAUUUCACUGUAAGGUCUUAGAGUUAAGAUGUCACUGCCAAAUGAAAUGGAUCUUUCUGCUGAAGAUGUGAAAACUGAAGAAAAGCCAAAGGGACAAGAGUUGGUUUCAGGUCCUCGCACAAGAAAGUUGACUGAAAAGGGAGAGCAGUACAGAGAAGAAGAGUCUGCAAAACAGAUAAAGGCAUUUCUUAAGUCUUAUGCAUCCUGGAAACAAACUGCAAGAGAAGCAAGGAAGAAGCUAAAGGGUUUCUGCUCUGAGGAGAAUCUGGAUGAAAUAAAUAAGCAAGUCCAGAACAGUCUUGAUAAAGUGAAACAGAAUUAUGAGUUUCUUCAACGUAAUUUUUUAAAUACUCCAGAUAUUGUGCAGAAACUAGAUGCCUGUACUAUAUUAACAAAUGAGAUUUAUGAUCUUGUGUGUAAGCGUUUAGAAAGGGGUAUUGUUGAGGAAAACUUUAAUCAAGAAGUUGAAAAGGAAAGAGUGAGAGAAGUCUUAAAUAGAGAUGAAUAUCAAUCUGUUUUUGGAGAAGCGUCUAUUGAAAGUUCUCCCUGCAGUUCAUCAAUUACUAGCUCCAAGGUUUCUCAGGGGCGUGUAAUGGCAGAAGCUGAUCUUGCAGCCAAAAGGGUUCAAGUUAGAUCAAUGUUGGAGAUUGAAGCUCAGCAUGCUAAAGUCAGUAAACUUGAAUGUGACUGGAAAUGUCAUGAGUCCCAGAUUAUGGCAGAAAUGAAGCAGAAGGAAGCUGAAGUGCUACAGCAGCUUGAUGAAGAGAAGAGCAAGUUAAAGGUAAUGCAAACAGACAUGGAAGUUAAGAUGGCUGCAGCUCGGGUUGCUGUUUACAGCAGACUUGAAGAUGGUGUUGAAAAGGGAAAUCUUGAUUUUAAGUCUGAGGUUAAAUCAGAGCAAACACUGAAACACCCAAGUCAUAAAGCUGCAAAGGUUGCAUCAAUUCUACCACCUCAUGUUUGUGCUGAGAUUCCUGCAGUGAACUUGGCUGAAGCCUUAACGAGCUCAUUGAGUUUAAGUCGCCUUCCUGUUCCUGAACCUGCUAUAUUCUCUGGUGACCCUUUGAAAUUUGUGGACUUUAAAAUAUCAUUCACGACUUUAAUUGAUUCAAAAUCCAUCUCUGCUGGAGAAAAAAUGUUGUAUCUGAAAAGUUAUCUUUCAGGAGAAGCCCGAAAGGCUGUAGAAGGUUUCUUUUACAGAAGCUCUGAGGACGCAUAUGAAGGUGCUUGGUCAGUUUUACAAGAUAGGUAUGGAAACCCAUUUGUCAUCCAGAAAGCAUUUAGGGAUAAACUUAUGUCAUGGCCAAAGAUUGCACCAAACGAUCCAUUGUCUCUCAGAGAUUUUGCUGACUUUUUGAAAGGUUGUGAAGAGGCUAUGCCUCAAGUAAAGGGACUGUCCAUCUUAAAUGACUGUGAAGAAAAUCAUAAGAUGUUGAAGAAGUUACCAGACUGGGUUGUACGUAAAUGGAGUAGAGUUGUUGUUGAAGUACUUGAUGCAUGUGGAGAAUAUCCAUCCUUUGAAUGUUUUUCUAGAUUUAUACAAAAGGAAGCACGUAUAGUAUGCAACCCUGUUGCUUCUCCAUUUUUGUUAAAGUCUAGAACUUCUUCAAAUGACCUUUCCAGGAAAGCAAAGGUUCUUAACACCAGUACGGAGUUUAAGAAACAAGAAAGUGUUCAUGGUUUAAAAUCUAAACUGCCUUGCUUGGUUUGUGCAGACAUGUCACACAGUGUUGCUAAAUGUCCUAAAUUUGCAGUUAAAUCAAUGGAAGACAAAAGAUCAUUUAUAUAUCAGAACCAUCUUUGUUUUGGAUGCUUAAGGAAAGGUCAUUUAUUGAAAGAUUGUAAAACGCGGCAUGUUUGUGGGGAGUGUAGACGGCAUCAUCCUACUUGUUUGCACAAGGAGAGAGUGAGAUCUCAUGAUGUUGCUCAGCAGUGUUCCAUAACUCCAGAAGAAACACCUCAGGUUUCUCAUAGUGUAUUAUCUCAUGCACUCAUCCGAAACAUUUCUGCUACAUCAAGUAUUGUUCCAGUUUUCCUGUCCUCUGUGAAGGAUCCUGGGAAGGAAAUACUUACAUAUGCACUCCUUGAUACUCAGAGUGACUCCUCCUUUGUUUUAGAAGAUCUUGUGAGAAACUUGAUUGUUGAAACCAAACCAGUACAGUUAAAACUUAGUACCAUGGUUUCUGUUGAUACACCCAUUUCAAGUCAAAAUGUGUAUGGCUUGCAGGUUCGGAGUUUUUUCUCUGAUACUUGUAUACAGUUGCGGCAAGCAUAUACACGUGACUUUAUUCCUGUUGAUACAUCUUGCAUACCAAGUAGAAGUACAGCAUUACAGUGGCCUCACCUUAAACAUCUAGCUGGCAAAAUGCCUGCUUUGCAAAAUUGUGAAGUAGGUUUACUUAUUGGUUUUGACUGUCCUUCUGCUUUGGCUCCCUUGGAAGUUGUUGUUGGUGGGGAAAAUGAACCUUUUGCUCAGAAGACUGCUCUUGGUUGGAGUAUUAUUGGGGCAAUUAAUCCACAUUUAGAUCGGCAAGGAAACCAAAGAUAUGUACACAGAGUGAUGGUGAAAGAAAUGCCCACUCCAUUAACUUCUGAUGUUUUAAGAGCUUUGGAGUUGGAUUUUAAUGAAAGGGUUCAGAAGGAAAAUGUGUUUCCCAAGAUGACAUUCGGUUCAUACGACUUCUGA